GUCGUGUGAUACUGCAAAUACCAGAGGAUGAUGUUUCAUUGGGCAUCUAUUUAGGUCAACACACCUGACAUUUUUUUUUUUUUUUUAACAUUGAAGCCGAAGGAAGUAGUUCCUGUUUGAACAUCUGUAAAACAUACCAUAAUGGCCAAAUGGCAUUACUGGUAUAUUCAAAUAUGCGGUGAGGCAGUCAGCCCUCUACUCCAGCAAAAAGCACUUAGAGUAAUUGCAGUUGUCCAUUAAGACAUCUGUAGGUUUCCUGAUGUGUUGGUGUGAGCAAGUUAUAACACUUACUCCUGCAUCUUGGUAAAAUUUGUGCGGUUCAAAAAAAAAAAAAUCUAUAAUGUAUUGAAAGUGCAUGGAUGUGAUUGAAUGAAGUCAAAUUACUUGCUGCCAUCAUGUUAGAUGAAUGUGUUUAUAUACACAUACAGGCUAUUGUGCAAUUUAUGAGUCAUUAUGAUCUGAAAUGAGAGUGCAGUGAAAAGGAAUCAAGCACAUUGAGCAGUUCUCGUUCUUCCACGGUACCUAAUAGUCUGUUAAUUAUGGACAUGCAAGAGAGAUGGUCUUGUGUCAUAACAAGCCUUGUGAUGUACAUGUGACAAAUCAGUUUCUAUGCUGGACACUGCUUGGCAUUCCAAGGGCCACUUCACUAUAAAAGUGAAGCUUGUUUCUGUUUCACUGACGCCACGGCUUUGCUGCAAUUCUACAGGGAAACUUUCAUGUAUGUGAGGCCGAAGUUAUCCUGGUCACAGCAUUUUAUUGAAGAAUCCAGCACCUGAGCUUGCCAAAUAGAAAAAAAAAAUUAUUGAUUUUUAUUAUACUUAUUGUAGCCCUGAAUGAAGUAGCAUAUGUUCCUGUUAUUAAAACAGAGCUUUUCCCUGGAUAUCGGUGACAUUUAUGUACUUGGACUGUUUCUGGAAAGAAGGUGCAUAGAGGCUACUAGUAUUCAUAUUUUUCGAAUACGGGGAUUUAUUUUUACCAGUCUACUAGUACAUGCCUCAGAGGAUACAACAAGUUAUUUAGAUAUUUGUGACAAGCAACCCUUAGGAUGAAAGGAUGAGCUUUUAGCUUUAUGGAUAUUACAGUUCUGAAGACAUUGCCAUUGGGGUUCAUUUUAGAGGAAAAAAGGAGUUGAUGAUCUAAAGAAGCUGAAGGCGUGGUACAAUAAGACUACUUUUUGUCUAGUAGUUAGCAGGAUAAAUAUGUUUGUGAAAUAAUUGCUGUGCAUUGUCAUAAUAUUGAAGGUGAUAUCCUCUUGCCAGUCUUUUAUAAUUUUUAAUAUUGACAAUAUUUCUGUAAGAAUAGGAAAUCAUGACAAAUGACAGGCUAUUUGAAAAUGUCACAAUAGAGGGCUUUGCCACUUGAUCAAGAGGAGCCAUAGACUUGUGCGAUCUGUUUUUUAAUUUGUAUUCAUGAUAAUUUUUGGAUGUGCUCGAAAUAGUGUUUGACUAGAAAAAAUUAGAAGUAUUUAACUGCAACAUGACCUCGUACAUGAGCUUAAAGAAUCAGAAACGUCGUCGGAGUGUAGGGGGCGAUGGUGUGCAGUCCACCACCAACAGGGCCCAGAUUCAUUGGCUUCGGAGGUCCAUAUCUGUACUGACUUUCUGCAGCCCUCUGACACUGAAAGAUGAACUUCUCUCCGAUAAUGAUGAAGUUGAAGGUGACCCUUGCACAGUGUCUUCUCAGAUAGAGUUAGAAGAAGCCAUCAGACUGUAUGAAGUGAACAAGGACUCCGAGAUCACCAUACACAUUUUUCCAAAUGUUCCUGAGAAGCCAGGAUACCCCUGUAUUGGGGAGGACAGAAAUAUGUACAGAAGAGGUGCACGCAGAUGGCGAAAGCUGUAUCGUGUCAACGGCCAUCUUUUCCAGGCCAAGAGAUUCAGUAGACGGGCAUUCUGUGCAUACUGCUCCGACAGAAUAUGGGGUCUGGGUCGCCAGGGUUACAAGUGUAUCACAUGUAAACUGCUCGUUCAUAAGAAAUGCCACAAACUAGUCCAGAUUACCUGUCAAGCACAGUUGGAACACACAAUCCGACCUUUGACCUCAUCCUCGUCACUUCCACCUAUGCCAGGUCACAAUGGCACAGAGGCGACACCUAGGGGCCAUUCUCCAAGUAAAUCCAUGGAUGAUGCUUCUGAAGCACCAGAGACCACCAAAGUAGAAACUGUGGAAAAUUCAGAAUCACUGGAAGAUGAGACCACUGCUACAGAGACAGCAACAGGAGCCAUCAGCCUAAGAGAUUUUGAGUUGCUACGUGUAAUUGGACGAGGUAGUUAUGCCAAAGUCCUCCAGGUGGAGCUGAAGAAAACAAAACGUAUCUAUGCCAUGAAGGUCAUCAAGAAAGAGCUGGUCAAUGACGAUGAGGAUAUAGACUGGGUCCAAACAGAAAAACAUGUAUUUGAGACAGCAUCCAAUCAUCCUUUCCUUGUGGGACUUCACUCUUGUUUCCAGACUCCUAGCAGGCUGUUCUUUGUCAUAGAGUUUGUCAAUGGUGGAGAUCUGAUGUUUCAUAUGCAGCGACAGAGACGUUUGCCCGAGGAACACGCCAGGUUUUAUGCAGCUGAAAUUAUACUGGGACUCAAUUUUCUUCAUGAAAGGGGGAUAAUCUACAGAGAUCUGAAGUUAGACAAUGUCCUUCUGGACUCUGAGGGCCACAUAAAACUCACAGAUUAUGGCAUGUGCAAGGAGGGUAUCCGGCCAGGAGAUAGUACAAGCACGUUUUGUGGCACACCUAAUUACAUCGCCCCAGAAAUGUUGAGAGGGGAAGAUUAUGAUUUCAGCGUAGAUUGGUGGGCCCUCGGUGUUCUUAUGUAUGAGAUGAUGGCAGGAAGGUCACCGUUUGAUAUUGUAGGGGGUGCUGAAAACCCAGACCAAAAUACUGAAGAUUAUUUAUUCCAAGUCAUCCUGGAGAAGACUAUCCGCAUCCCCAGGUCUUUGUCUGUGAAAGCUGCGUCAGUACUGAAAGGAUUCCUGAAUAAGAAUCCACAAGAGCGCCUUGGCUGUCACCCACAGACCGGCUUUGCCGAUAUACAGUCACAUCCAUUUUAUCGACCAAUCGAUUGGGACCUCCUUGAAAAGAAGCAGGUGACACCACCCUAUAAACCCCACGUGAAAGACGAACGUGAUUUGGAGCACUUCGAUCCACAGUUUACUAAUGAACCAGUACAGCUUACACCAGAUGACACAAAAAUAAUUUCCAAGAUUGAUCAAACAGAAUUCGAAGGCUUUGAGUACAUCAAUCCGUUGUUGAUGUCGAUGGAGGACUGCGUGUAGCUAUGGCUGCAGUCGAAAGCGUCACACCAAACACAAUGGACUCUGUCACACCUAACACAAUAAGCUAUCACACACACUGCAAUACAGGAGUUUUUUUAUGAAACGAUACAAUUCACAGUGAAGGACUAACAGAAUGGAUAAUAAAAAUACUGUUUUUUAUAAAAUACCUACUAUGAUAGUAUUCAGAACCUAAAAUGAGAAAAUGUGUGGUCUGUGGCAUGCACUGUCAGCUAUUGGUGUCACUAUCAUAACAUUGAACACAAUAGAACCGUACACGAAAAAAAAAGUUGACAAAAUCGGGAUGUCACAACCAAUGUCACAACUAACACAAUGAGCUUGGAACCGACCAGAACAUUUUGCGCAAUGUGGCAAAAGAUGUCAAAUGGCUUUCUCCACAAACGCAAUUGAUUGUAGCUAGCAUUAGUACCUUGCCAUCUCGCGGUUGUCUAGUACACGUUAUAUUUAUAAACUUUACAAUGGAUGAAGUUAACUAUUAGUUUAUUAGAUUAAGUUUUAUUAACUUUUUAUAGUUAAUUUCUUUAAGCAUAAUAUAUUAGGGGGUUGGGGUUUUUAGUAGGAUUAAGUUGCUGUAUCACAAAGAAAGAGGUUAAUUAAAUUGAACCCUUGAUUGCCUUACGUCGAACAAAUACUAACUGUAAAAUAGUUUGACAAGAAAGAACUGAAUAAUCCUUGGGGGGAAAAGUGAAGUUGGAAGUUUGAGAACCAUGCUAGAAAAUUCUGGUUAAAAGAAAGUAAUAAAUUUGAUAUGUUAUAAAAGACAGUUUGUCAUCGGGAACAAGCGCUUACAUAUUGCCCUUUUUUGUAAUUAUGUAAAGUUAUGGCUAUAAACGAUGAAUAUUAUAUGCUUGACUGAAA